GCGAAAGUUAAAAGCUGUCGGAACUACUCUUCCGCAAACUGACAUAAUGGCAACAAAGAUCAACUUCGGUGAAACUAAACAUCUCUCGGAACUGAGGAUUGUGUUAAUGGGUAACCGACAAGUUGGGAAGAGUUCAACAAAAAACACUAUUCUGGGCAGAGAGGAGAUUGACUUCUUAACUCAUCGGUGUGUAAAGAGACAUGGAGAAGUAGCAGACAGACACAUCACUGUCAUUGAAGCUCCAGGAUGGUGGAGGAAUGAAUCUGUCGAAGACAGUCCUACAUUACUGAAACAGGAGAUUUUGCUCAGUGUAUCUCUGUGUCCUCCAGGACCACACGCUGUACUACUGAUCAUACGUCUGGACUACACAUUUGCAGAUAAUAAUAGAAAAGUAUUGCAGGGAUAUGUAGAUCUUCUUGGUGAGAGAGUCUGGAGUCACGCUAUAGUGCUGUUCACUCAUGGAGACUCUCUGUCAGACAGAUCUAUAGAGCAAUAUAUUGAGAGUGAAGGACAGAAUCUCCAGUGGCUACUGGACAAAUGUGGGAACAGAUAUCAUGUUCUCAACAAUAAGAACAGGAGCGACGACACUCAGAUCAAGGAGCUGCUGGAGAAGAUUGAGAAGACAGUGGCACAAAACAAUGGCUGCCAUUUUGAAAUAGACAGAAAUAAUUCAGAAGUCAUAAAUCAAAGAAAGGGAUCUUCAAGAAGCUUUGAAAAUGCAACAGAUACGAUGGGUGAUGGAGAGAGCACUUCCAGUCCACUCACAAAACAAAAGAAAAGAUCACAAUCCAAACUUGUCUCUGAGUCUGUAAGAAAAUUUCACAGUAUUGGAGUUCCUCCAUCCAUGUGUUUUGAAGGAAAAACAGUAACUGAAAUAUUUAACAGACGCCACACAACUGAUCCCACAACAUCACCCAACAGGAAAGUGGGACCAUCCAUGAGUAAUCUAGUUAAGAUAUCUCAGGUAAACUCUGCACGACUACAAGCAGACAGCAGGUUUGGGUCGUCAUGCUCCAUAGUCUCCACUGGCAGCUCAGGAUAUGGAUCUUCAUGCUCCCUUUCUCAAUCUGUGGAACAGUCAGAACCCACGUACAAAAAACGUACAAAUAGUGUACUUAAGAUUUCAGAACUUUCAGUCCAACAAGAUGAGUGUGAAGAUAUGGAUUUAUAAGAAUUAAUGUAUGCAAAUGACUGUUUAUAUAGCCAUCCAUCCAUCCAUUGUCCAAACUGCAUGUUGUACUGUAUGUAGGGUUGCUGGAACCUAUCCCAGCAUAUCAGACAGUAGACAGGGAAAAACCCUGGAUGGAUGGACAGUUGUUUACAUAUCUUUGUCGAUUAAAAUGUAAGUAUUGUACGCUGUAAAAACUGUGCUUCAGUAAAGAUAUGAUAUCCAUAUAUUUAUUUUUGGCAUAAAUUUGAGUUAACAAACCUUUAAAGAAAAACUUCUCUUUAAUCUGUUGCUGGUCAGUUUGUUGAUUGUAACAUUUGUGUAACACAAACCAAUUAUUUGAGGUAAAACACUGUUUUUUCUUCUUAUGAGGAUUUGUAUAUCUAUUUUUCUUUGCUCUCAUCAAAGCACAUCUUUUAACAAAUUAACUCCAAUCGACUCCAAAAGUUUUUACUAUUUUUUACUACAAUCUAUUUUCAGUUACUUAUUUUCAG